CUUGCUCCGGAAGUGUUCUUGCAACCCGGAAGUUUACCCCCUGGCCCGACCGACAUCAGAAGAAGCAAUGGCGGGGGAUAUUGCCACGGAGCUUCUGUUUCUAGAUACGUUUAAACACCAGAAUGCAGAGCUAACCAACGUGGAUGUGGUGCGGUUUCCUUGCGGGGUGUUCGUCACAGAGGUGCGGGUCAUUCCUCCAGGAAUCAAAGCUCACAGUAACUUACCUGACAGCAGAGCUUUUGGGGAGACGUCUCCUCACGCCUUCCAGUUGGAGCUGUUCUUCAAUAAUGUGGCCAAACCCAGCCACCCCGCCUUCAACAGACUGGGCAGUCUGGAAUAUGAUGAGAACAAGUCCAUUGUGUUCAGACCCAGUGGGAAGGUGAACACAGACGGCCUGGUGCUGCGUGGCUGGUACACCAGUCUGACUGUGGCAGUGUACGGUACAGCGGAGCGCUCUCACGGACAUGACCAAGCCUCGCCCCCUCCUCCACCACCCCCACCCCCACAACAGCAAACCGGGCCAAAGAGGAUCGUUAAACAAGAGUGGGAAAAAGACGACCAAUACAAUGGCAGCCCACCCAGACCAGCACCCAGAGGGCCUCGUACUCCACCUGGACCUCCACCACCAGAUGAUGAUGAUGAGGAGCAGGUCCAAGUGACGGUGGGCGUGGUCAAAGAUGAGCCGCGCGAGGGUCGCGACGACUACCUAGAGGCCGUGUCACCUGAGAGAUCCCUGCCUGCCGAUGAGACGUAUUCAGAUGCUGAGCCAGAGGAGGGCGAUGAAGAGGAGGAGCCGGAGGAGGAAGAGGAUGCCCGUACAGAGGGAAGCGCUCUGGAGGAGGAGGAAGAAGAGGAGGAGGAAGAUGAGGGUGAGGACGAGGAAGAGGAAAUGGAGGAAGGAGACGAUGGUUAUGAGCAGAUUUCCAGUGAUGAAGACGACUUGGAUAAUAGUAGCUUCAAGUUGCCCACCUUUGACAUGGACUACACUACGGAGGACCUGGCUUCUGUCCCACCGGUCCAGUAUGACCCAUAUGAGCGAGAACUCAGGCCCCUGCUCUACUUCACCCCCCCUUACAAGACUCGUUUUGAUACCCAGUUUGAGAAGGCCAUUGUUGAGGAGCCCAGGGAGGCUGGUGAUGCAAAAGAACCUGGAGAAGAAGCUGACGCUGUUGCCCAACUAAAGGAGCUGCUGGGUAGCAUUGGUGACGACAGAGAUGCUCGCUGGGUCAAUGCCCUGGAAGAGGCAACUGGACAACUGAGCAAAGGGUUGGCCUAUUUAAUUAAAAAGGAAGACAGCGAGGUGAAGGAUCCAGUUGGAAUCUUAGCCAAGUGGGCUCUCCAAGCUCUGAGCAUGGAGGUUGCUCUCACACAGCCAAUUGCACUGAACCUCAGACAGUUGAAAGCUGGUGCCAAGCUUGCAUCACACCUGACUGAGUGCCCACAGGGCCUCACAGCGUUGCUGCGUGAAGGGGCCCUGGGUGUUUUACUGGAGCUGCUCCACGCAGACCACUUAUCUUCCACUCUGAAGCUCUGUAUCCUUAGAGCUCUGGACGCUCUGACUAGCGCUCCUGCUGGUGUGGAAGCUUUCCUACACACAGGAGAGUCGGAGAAGAGCGGAUAUCAGCAUUUAGUCCAGCUGUUCCUACGUGAAGAAACCGUGAGGGUCAUAACUGCUGGCAACGCCAUAUUACAGAAGAGUCACAUGUACGAGGUACUGGUCGACCUACAGAAUACAGCAGCAGCAUGGAGUGAAACACAGCAGGAGGACAUGGAGGAGGCCGACAGCCCCAUGGAGGAGGAACCAUCGCUAGCCUACCCCCCUGUGUGCGAGGCAGAGCUCGAUAGGUUGGCAGGGGUUCUGGAAGAGUUGCAUCACCUGCUAGAGACGGCCCCUUACUGCAUGGUGCAGCCACCUGGGAAAGCUUUCCCGACUUCUGCAAGAAUAACGGGACCACAGGAGAGAGACGAUCCAUAUCCAGCACUAUAUAGGUAUAUGCACGCAUGCCAUUUCUUGGAGAGCACGACAGUGGUGUUGUCGGCAGCUGCUGCGGCUGGGCACGUAGGUGUCACCACAGCAAUCCGAGAGAUCCUGCGCUUCCUGUCGCUCACCCAGCCAGGUCUGCUCUUCCUCCUCGCCCAGCCCAGCCCCACCAACCUGCUGCUACGUCUUCUGGCUUCAAUGUCGGACGGCGAGAGCGAGGAGAGCACUUUGACCGGUGGAGAGGGAGCUCUCACCGGGCCCGGGUUCGGGGAAGAGGGCUUUGGUGUGUGGUUAAUGCAGGCGCUGCAUGCUCUGCAGGGUGUGUCGGAGCUCAUGAGCCAUGUGGCCACAGGAGGAGAGGGAGGAGCUGGACUGGAGGAAGGUGACAAUGCAGAGGUACUGGGGUUACUGCAUGCGCUCUACCUGAUGACCUUCACUCAGACCGGUCGAAGUGCUGUGGCCCACGUUUGUAGCCUGGACAACAACCUCUCCUGUCUGGUGACCCUGCUCCAGCACCACAGCAAAGAUGGACAGGGUGAAGCGAAGGCUCGCAAAGCAGUGACAUAUAAUUAUGCCUGUAUGCUGGUGUUACUCGUGGUGCAAAGCUCUAAUGACCUGAGGAUGAUGGAACAGUUUGCUUCUCCACUGCUCGCCUUAGCCAAGGCUGAUGACACCAAUGCCAAGUUACAAGAGCUCAGUAAAUGGUUGGAGCCUCUCGAAAAACUUCGCUUUGAGAUCGGCAGCAUUCCAACCCUCCUAGAGUACAUUAAACAGAAUGUGGAAAAUGUGUUGACUGCGGACGGAGCUGGUCUUGUCACUGCGCUCAGGGUUCUCGGUCACAUUGCCAGCCCCCCUCCUUCCGUCGAAGGUCAGCAGAGGGAUCUCAAGUGGAGUCUCGCAGGGGUUCAGCUGUUCUCAGGCGAGGGUCUGGAUACAUGUGUGCGUAUCCUGCAGAAGCUGUGCAGCGUGUUGCUGCAGCCAUGGCGUGUACACGGACAAAUGGGCCCCACGCCGCAACGCUGCAUGAUCCUCAGUAUAUGCAUCAGCACGCUCAGGCUGUUGCGCACCAUGUUGACGGAGCUCCUCCGCCGGGGAGCUUUUCAGUUCAGGGACACUCGUGUUGCCAGUGUGUUGGUGACGCUCCACAUGAUUGUUUGCUCCAUCCCUGCAUCUGGACGUCUGGACGGGGAGGAGACCAGAGUGCAGGCUUUAAUUGUGGAUGUGCUGCUCACUUUCACACAGGGUGUCAAUGAGGAGGUGACUCAUACAGAAGAGACUCUGGCCAGUAACACUUGGUCGCUGAUGCUGAAGGAGGUGUUGGGCUCACUGCUGAAAGCCCCUGAAGGUCUGUUCUCUGGUCUGACGCUGCUGUCUGAGCUCCUGCCUCUGCCACUCCCAAUGCAGAGCACUCAGGUGAUCUCAGUCCAAGAUGUGGCUGUAGCCUUAAACACCAGGAAGCUGUGGAGCAUGCACAUACGGGCGCAGUGGAAAGUGUUUUCCGAGGUGCUGAGGUGUGUGUGUGGAACUACAUGCCCUCCUCUCCUAGCCAUGCUGCGGAGAGUGUUAGUUCAACUGGCAGACCUGUCUUCGCCCACUGCGACGCUCAUCAUGAAAACCCUGGUGGAGCUGCUGCUGGAGGAGCUGCAGCCGGUGGAGGGGAAAAGUGUGUGCUGGGUCCAGGCCCUCCGUCUGCUCUCUUUGAUGGAUGCCCUGGUGUCACAGAGAGCUUGUAAGAGCGCAGCAUUACACCUCCUGUCCGGGUCGGUGUCCGGAGAUGAACAAAUGGCCGAUCUGUUCCCUUUGCUUCUGCCCCUGUUGGUUCCUCCCACCGGCGCCUGCUUACAACAGCAGCAGUGCAGCGAACUAGUGGGGACAAUAUUACAGUCACUGUGUGACCAAGACAUUUCUUUGGUGAUAUCUCCACCUGGUGAAAGUUGUGUGUCCGAGGUCGAGCAGCUAGCCAAUGCACUUCCGGGGCGAGAGAUGAUGUCAUCAGUGUGCAACGCCUUGUUAGAGGUUUUGGGGAAUGCAGAGAGCAGCGUCCCUCUCCUCCUCACCUCUCUCAGGACCUUGACAUUCUUCACAGAGCACGACUAUGGACUUUACCACUUCAAAGUUGCGCUGAAGAAACAUGAUGCGGCUCUUUGCUCACUCUUAAAGAGGCUGGUGUGUGCAUUUAACAAGGACUCAGCAGAUUUGCUCUCAGCUCUGCUGGACUUCCUCAGACAGAUUCUCAACACAGACGCAAUGUGUGUCGACGAGGCUCAGGGGUCUGGUGAAGAGACCUCCUUCUCCCAUCCUCCACGGUUCCUGUCCGGCUCUGAGAUGAAAGCUCUGCUGCAGUGGGAGGAGUCUGAGUCACAUCCGCUCCCGACUUUAGAGAAACAGAUUACGAAGCUUUCUAAAGAAGAUGAAUCACUGGAGGCCAUGUUGGAAAAUGUGAUUGUUCUGAGGCAGACACUGGAGACGGCCACCGACACACCUCCAGCUGCUGACACUGAGCCCACUCUGCCGGCUCCCGAGACACUCGGGGCCCAAUUUAACCACAGGACGGUGUUUAUCCUGUCAGAAGCUCUGGAUGAGCAGCUGAAGGCUCUGUGGUUCUCUCCCUUCCACACUGAUGACAUAGAAGUAGACCUUGACAUGGUGAAGGUGGAUCUGGUGGGUCUGGCUCAGGAGUGUUGUCCAGAACUGGACCUGAAGGCAGAGCUGGAGCGCUCCUUCCUGUCUGAGCCGACCUCCCCUGGUCACACCAAGACUACAAAAGGCUUCAGACUCGGCAAACACAAACAUGAGACGUUCAUCACUUCAAGUGGUAAAUCGGAUUACUGCGAGCCCGCUAAACGAGCCCACAUCAUGGCUGCUCCACGUGGCCGCGGAGGUCGAGGAGGGUUUGGACAAAAUCUCUGCCGACCCCACGAUAUCUUCCGGCAGCGCAAACAGAACACUUCCCGUCCUCCCAGUAUGCACGUGGAUGACUUUGUGGCAGCAGAGUUUAAGGACAUUACGCCGCUUGGGCUUUUGGCCCAAAAACGACUGCCCAAGAGCUCACCCAAACCCCCCACCAGAGGACUGUUCACCGGCAACAGAGGCAGAGCCACCUUCCACAGCCAGGCUCGCUUUUUCACUCCACCACAACCUAAAGGCGUCCUGCUAACUGGGAACUACACUAGAAGAGAAGGAGGCAGAGGGUCAUCAUGGAGCGGCCAAAUUCCAGGCAUCACUCACAGAGGAACCUACAGCGAACCCCGGGGAGGCCAGAGCAACUUCACACGUGGACCGCUGCCGUCCAGACAACCCCCAGCAAGUGCGUAUCGCCUCGCUCCUCGGGACCGAGCUCCGCGGGGCAGAGGAGGCACCGGCCUGUCAUGGCUUAGCGGGGGUGGAGGUGGCGGCGGCGGUGCCGGAGGAGGAGGCGGGGGAGGCGGAGGAGGGAGAGGUUCUCAGGGGAGCAAGUUUAGCGGCGGAGGAGGAGGAGGAGGAGGAGGAGGAGGGAGCGGAGGUGGGAGCGGAGGUGGGAGGGGCAGGCACGUUCGCUCCUUCACCAGGUAAAUUCACCUGGGUAAUGACUGCAGCCUUUCGUGGCAACAAAUGGACCAAUCAGGAUAUGUUGUAUACUGUCUCCAUGGAAACAUGGUGGGAUGAUGUUGUCACAAUGACGUUCAGACUGUGUUGAUGUUUUAUGUUUUGUUAUGAGUUGUAUUGAGAGAAUAAAGGUGAUCGUAAAUGAGCUUUA